CUGUUGUGUAAUUCCUAAUGGCUGUUACAGUCGCUCACAUGCAGCAACCAGCCUUCUGACAUUCUCGGCCCGAAAUAAAGAGCAACGGUGUCCACACGAUCCCUCUCUGCACGCCAGUAGGGGAGACUUUGGCCAGCAUUAAAGUAACGUUUGUGAUCGCUCAUGAUGAGGAUAGCUGUGAUUGGUCAGAGUGUUUUUGGCCUGGAGGUGUACAAGGAGUUGAGGAAGGAGGGCCACACCAUCGUUGGAGUGUUCACUAUACCUGACAAGGAUGGCAAAGCCGACCCUCUAGGCGCGGAGGCUGAGAAGGAUGGUGUGAACGUCUUCAAGUUCCCACGCUGGCGCCUGAAGGGGAAAGGCAUCCCGGAGGUGGUGCAGGUCUACAAGGCCACGGGGGCCGAGCUCAACGUCAUGCCCUUCUGCUCCCAAUUCAUCCCCAUGGAGGUCAUCGACCACCCGGCCCACGGUUCCAUCAUCUACCACCCCUCCCUGUUGCCCCGACACAGGGGUGCCUCCGCCAUCAACUGGACCUUGAUCCACGGGGACAAGAAAGGUGGGUUCACAGUGUUCUGGGCGGAUGACGGACUUGACACUGGACCAAUCCUGCUGCAGAGGGAGUGUGAUGUGGAGCCUGAUGACACUGUCAACACCAUCUACAAGAGGUUCCUCUUCCCUGAGGGAGUGAAAGGCACAGUGGAUGCAGUGAGGCUGAUCGCAGCAGGGAAUGCCCCAAAGAUCGUCCAGCCAGAGGAGGGAGCCACCUAUGAGGGGAUUCAGAAGAAAGACAAUGCCAAGAUUGACUGGAACCAGUCUGCACAGGUCCUACACAACUGGAUCAGAGGAAAUGACAAAGUGCCUGGAGCCUGGGCAGAGGUUGAUGGACAGAAGGUGACGUUCUACGGUUCCUCUCUGCUAGACAGUGGUGCCACUGCUAUUGGUCAGCCCCUGGAGAUCCCUGGUGCCAGUCAACCCGGUCUGGUCUCUAAGGCGGGCCUGAUGCUGUUUGGCAACGACGGCAAAGCGUUGCUAGUGAAGAACCUGCAGUUUGAAGAUGGGAAGAUGAUCGCGGCGGCAAGGUACUUCAGCUCUGGGAGCUGCGCUUCUGUGGAGCUCACUGAGGAGGAGAAGGCCUUCGCUGAGCAAAUGAGGGGUGUGUGGAAGAGCAUCUUGACUAAUGUGGAUGCCAUCGAGGACUCCACUGACUUCUUCAAGUCUGGGGCUGCUUCUAUGGACGUGGUCAGGCUGGUGGAGGAGGUGAAGCUGAGGGCCAGUGGGUGUCAGCUGCAGAAUGAGGACGUGUACAUGAACACCACCUUCCAGGACUUCAUCCAGAUGUGUGUGAGGAAGCUCCGAGGGGAGGACGACGAGGAGGAGCUGGUCGUUGACUACGUGGAGAAGAACAUCAACAACAUGACCAUCCGGAUGCCCCACCAGCUCUUCAUCAACGGGGAGUUUGUGGAUGCAGAGGGAGGGAAGACGUACAAGACCAUCAACCCAACAGAUGGAACAGCUAUCUGUGAUGUGUCUUUAGCUCAAGCCAGUGACGUGGACCGAGCUGUAGCGGCCGCCAAGGAGGCGUUCGAGGAGGGAGAGUGGGGAAAGAUAAACCCCAGAGACAGAGGCAGACUCCUAUAUAAGCUGGCUGACCUGAUGGAGGAGCACCAAGAGGAGUUAGCCACCAUAGAGUCCAUGGACUCUGGGGCCGUAUACACACUGGCCCUGAAGACCCAUGUGGGCAUGUCCAUCCAGACCUUCCGCUACUUCGCUGGCUGGUGUGACAAGAUCCAGGGCUGCACCAUCCCCAUCAACCAGGCCCGACCCAAUCGCAACCUUACCUUCACCAAGAAAGAACCAAUCGGAGUGUGUGCUAUCGUAAUUCCCUGGAACUACCCUCUCAUGAUGUUGGCCUGGAAAACAGCUGCCUGUCUGGCUGCUGGUAACACUGUGGUCCUCAAACCUGCCCAAGUGACUCCACUGACAGCGAUGAAGUUUGCUGAAUUGGCUGCGAGGGCAGGAUUCCCCAAGGGAGUGAUCAACAUCCUCCCUGGAUCAGGUGCUCUGGUGGGCCAGCGUCUGUCCGACCACCCGGACGUCCGGAAGCUUGGCUUUACUGGCUCCACUGAGAUAGGGAAACACAUCAUGAAGAGCUGUGCAGUCAGUAAUGUGAAGAAGGUGUCCCUAGAACUGGGGGGUAAAUCUCCACUCAUCAUCUUCAGUGACUGUGACAUGGACAAGGCCGUCCGCAUGGGAUUGAGUGCUGUAUUCUUCAACAAGGGAGAGAACUGCAUUGCAGCAGGCAGACUCUUUGUGGAAGAGAACAUCCAUGACCAGUAUGUCAAGAGAGUGGUGGAGGAGGUUAAGAAGAUGAAGAUUGGAGAUCCUCUGGACCGCUCCACAGACCACGGACCCCAGAACCACAAGGCCCACUUGGACAAGCUGGUGGAGUACUGCCAGACAGGCGUGAGGGAAGGCGCCACUCUGGUGUGUGGGGGCAAACAGGUCUCCCGCCCAGGAUUCUUCUUUGAGCCCACCAUCUUCACCGAUGUUCAGGACCACAUGUUCAUUGCUAUAGAGGAGUCGUUUGGCCCCGUCAUGAUCCUCUCCAAGUUCAAGAGCGGGGAUGUGGACGAGGUUCUGCGGAGGGCCAAUGCCACUGAGUAUGGCCUGGCAUCAGGAGUGUUCACCCGUGACAUCAGCAAGGCGCUGUAUGUCAGCGAGAAGCUCAACGCCGGCACCGUCUUUGUCAACACCUACAACAAGACGGACGUGGCUGCUCCCUUCGGCGGAUUCAAGCAGUCCGGCUUUGGCAAAGAUCUGGGACAAGAGGCUCUUAACGAAUACCUGAAGACCAAGGCUGUCACUGUAGAGUACUAAAUAUACAGCUCUGGAAAAAAUGAAGAGACCACUACAAAAUGAUCAAUUUCUCUGGUUUUACUAUUUAUAGGUAUGUUUUUGGUUAAAAUGAACAUUUUUGUUUUAUUCUAUAAACUACUGACAACAUUUCUCCCAAAUUCCAAAUAAAAAAUAUUGUAAUUUAAGAGCAUUUAUUUGCAGAAAAUGUGAAGGAUCAAAAUAACAAAAAGAUGCAGUGUUGUCAGACCUUGAAUAAUGCAAAGAAAAAUGUUAAUAUUCAUUUUUAAACAACACAAUACUAAUGUUUUAACUUAGGAAGAGUUCAGAAAUCAAUAUUUGGUGGAAUAACCCUGAUUUUCAAUCAGACUGAUCCUCCACCAAAUUUCACAGUGGCUGCGAGACAGAGCAUGCCAAGACGCAUGAAAGCUGUAAAACCAGAGACAUUGAUAAUUUUGCAGUGGUCUGUUAAUUUUUUCCAGAGUUAUAGAGAGAUGUGUGGUAGCUACCCACUGGGCACAGACGUCAGUUCAACGUCUAGUUUUGAUUUGCAUUUGGUUGAGUUGUCAACUAACACAAAUUCAAUUUAGGUUAAAAGUUUGUUAAAAAAUCCAAUCAGUUUUCCUGUUGAUUCAACGUUAACACAUUAUUAUAUAUAUUUGUUUAAAUGGCUUGGAAACAAUGUUGAUUCCAAACGGUUUUUGCCCAGUGGGUAUUCUCUCUUUAUAAUCAGACUCACUGAUGUCACUAAGCAAAUUCCUGAACUAAAUGUGAAUGAUAGACGAGGCAGAAAGGAAACCUAAUACCUCCACAUGCCCUGAUGAACAAUUCUACUUGUAAUUCAGUCUUUCUGAAAUGUGAUUAACCCUCUAAUAUUUCUUAGUGCUGUUUGCACAAUUACUUAUGAAAUUGAAUUUUUUUAUUAAUGAGAAAUACAAUGUGAAAUGAUUUCCCCCUCUUAGAAAUAAGAAAGUCUGUCUUAAAUCAUUUUCCACACACAGCCUGUGCCUGUAUUUAGUUUCAUGCUAGUGAGGGCUGAGAAUCCACUCUCACACAGGUACGUGGUUGCAAAGGGCAUCAGUGUCUUAACAGCGCAAUAUGCCAAUGCAGGAUAGUCUGAGCGCAGCCCAAUCCAGAAAUCUGGCAGUGGCUUCUGAUUAAAUUAAAUUCUCACCGAACCGCUUGUUGCAAUUUUGAUGAGGCUCUCUCAUUCAGAUUUCUGUAAGUGGACUGGAGGCAGGGCAUGAAAGGGAUAACGAAUCUAGUUGUGUCAACCGUUUCGGAAAAGUAUGUGCUUAAUUACAUACCCAACUCACUCAGGUGCUUCGCUAUAUCACAUUUGACAUUGUACGUAAGCUUGAGUUAAAAAAAACAUCACCCAGAUAGGCCAGUCAUGUGAGAAACUCAUUAUCAUGCAAGUGGUCAGACAAGUGAAAAUUAUGGUCAGUAAAGAAAAGUUUAAGCUCGUCUCUCAUUUAAAAAAAAACUUUCAAUACUUUGCCCCUUGAUAACCAGCGCACUUCUGUAUGUUGUAAAAGCAUUACAUGGUCGCUGCCCAUAUGAUUGCAUAGUGCAGAAAAUACACAAGAGUUCAGGGGCCUUGCUUUAAGAAAGUUAACAAUUUUCACUAGUGUCCAAAACGUAUUUUAAGUUGUCAGGCAUUCCCUUGGCAGUAAGAGCCUCUCGAUGGAUGCUGCAUGGUACUCAAUUGGCAUCGGGAGAAACUGCUUGCAUGCGUAUUACCACUUCACUAUAUCUCCCUGUCAUGGCUUUUGCACCAUCAGUACAGAUACCAACAUGAGCAGCAGCUACGUUUGGCUACAUACGGACCGUUAGUGGAAUUCCAGCAAGAGACUAACGGUUAAUGUGAUUGGAUGUUAAUUAUUUGACUAGGCUACCUGUAUUUGACAUUGCGUUGUUAUUUCGCUGAACACUAGAUGGUUUCAUUUUAUUUUUGGCAGUGAAACAAGGCAACUCAGACAAUUAAAAAAUGCUCACCCAAAUGUAUAGCCCUGUUGGAAAAUAUAAAUGGACUGUUUGAAAAUGUGGAGAGAAAAAAGUUAAAUGUUUAUUUUUUUAUUUCUAUUAAUGUUGAUCACAUUUUUAUUUGGCGUACCCCUGACGGCAUUGCACCCCAGUUUGGGAAUACCUGGUCUACACAAUAGAUGUGUUGUGUUCAUGGACAAUACUGGAUGACAAUUGAAUGGAACUUUAUGAAUGAUGAUCUCCAUAUCAGAGCUUGAACAAGCGCCUUUUUACUAGUUUUCCUGAUUCAUUAAAAUCACAAAGGUUUAUACAGUAAUA